AUGCAGUUCUACUCUCUCAUUGUCUUCGUUCUAGCCAUGUUUGCAGUGGCUUUUGGCGGCUUCGGAGGUAGAGGUGGUCGAGGCAAAAAUGGUGGUGGGGGUGGUGGCGGAGGCGGUGGCGGAGGUGGACAGGGGGGUGCAGAUGGUGGGGAUGGCGGUGAUGGGAGACGCAGUUCUGCUGCAGCAAGUUGCGAUUGCAACAGCAGCGACAGCGAAAAAAAUUUUGUGUUGGAGAAGCCUGCACAAAAAAAGGAAAGUAAAAUUUCGGAUGUGUGGAAUUAUUUUAAAAGAUCUGAUGAUAAGAAAUUUGCCAAAUGCCUUAGUUGCGCCAAGGAGUAUAAAACCAGUGGCAACACAUCGAACCUGCAUGAUCACCUUAAACGGUUUCACCUGAAUUUGGACAGAAAUGUUCCUGAUACACAAGUUGCUGAAGAUGUUGUACAAGACGAGAACAUUGCGUCUUUCAGCAGCAGCUGCAAGUCCAGCAUGCGGUCAGUGGAGUCAUACUUUAAAAGGGCUGUGUUGUAUGAUGCAAACUCCAAGCGUAAAAAGGACUUAGAUAAACUCGUAGCAGAGAUGGUUGCUGAGGAUAUUCAGCAUAGUGAAGGACAAAGGGGUUAUUAA